GGUCGAAUGAGCUAUUGGGGUUCCCAAAUAACCGGGACAAACAUACAGACAAAAAGACACACAGACGGAUGGACGAAAAGAUAGGCAAGUGUUCCGAGAAAACGUGAAACGUAACGGAUUCUGCUUUCUUUUUUGGCGUUCUUACGGACCUUUAUUUAUUUAUUUGCUUUAUUUAUUUAUUUAUCGAUUGAUUGCGUUUUAAUUACUGCCUUGUGACAGCGAGCGAGGGAGGAGGAGCGUAUAGGCCAAGCGCGCACGUUGUGUAGCUUCUCCUAAUGUUUAUUUAUUUCAGUUGAUUAGCGUAAUGAAGCGAUUAUGUGUUUGAAACACAAUUUGCUGCUUUGUACGCUCGAAUGAAUGUGUGCGUAUAGCCUCGUGCAAGGGAGAGACUGCGUUUUGCUAGACACCAAAUAUAGAUAAACCAAAUAUUACGCAAAUCCAAAUACGACUAUUAUAUUUGCUUGCCUUUGACAGUUAUUUGUCUGCGCGACUACAUUUUGUGUUCUUGUAAUGAAACGAUAUUAACUGUCUUCUUUCAAAGAGAAUACCAAAGCUAUAGUGACGCUACAUGGGCUCUAGGAUACAGUGACUAUUUCCAUGCGUUUAUAUAGGGAAACAUCGUACAGUGAAAGGAGAUUAAGGAUACAAUCCUGUCAGAACAGUUCGAAGGUUUCUCAGACAAUACAGCCUUUGCAUUGCAGCUUUUUACUGUACACCUGCAUCCGAUAUCAGUCGAAAGAAUCCUUAACAACGGGCUUGUUAUACUAUGCCUUUAUUUUGGCCUAUGACAACUUUUUCUGGUAGCAUACAAUAAGCUAAGGUCAGGUUUCCUCUCUAUCCGUCUGUGUGUUGUCUGGAAUGUGGCAAAGCUAUUUCAUUAAUUGUUCCACACUGAGGGACACCGGUUAUAUGUUCUAUGCACAUUUACACCAAAAGUCAUGCCAACAAGAAGCAGACUUACACAAAUGUAAAUAGAACAAUAUCGGCACAACCUUAUUGUGUACACGUCAACCAAUAACGAAUGUUUUAAGUUCUCGAUACCAAAUAUAUUCCAAACGCUGUCUACCUGAACAACGAACGAAGAUACAGAAGAGGUCUUGUCUCAACAAUUCUGAAAGAUUAUUAACAAAACCAGAGGACGGAAGAAGAUCAUGUUUGUUCCCUUGCCGUGCCGUUCGUGUUUCAGAGAACUGCCCCUGACCUCAACGCCUGGCGUCUCAAGUCCCCGCUGGCCCCCACGUUCUAACUCCGAUAUAAGGAUGUCAAAGCCAGCAGAGGUGGAGAAACCAGGAGUCGACUCUCCAAUGGAGAGCACAGAUUCAGAACGAAACGGCCCCGACUCCAAUCAUCAGGUUCAGCCAAUGAAAAUCAACCCCUUUCCCCUUUCUCCCACCAUGAGUGGCAGCGAGAGUAAGAUGGAAGAUUGUGGUGAAAUGGCCCCGGUUCCUCUCCCCUCUCAUGGCCCCGCCCCCUCUCAUGGACCCGCCCCCUCACAGACAGCCCUCCAGCAACAUCCACAGCUCAUGCUGACUGGCUCCCAGAUAGCAGGGCUGACGGCUCUCUUGCCAGCACAGCAGCAGCUCCUCCUCCAGCAAGCUCAGGCUCAGCUAUUGGCUGCAGCCGUGCAGCAGUCCAGCGCCGCCCACGCUGCCCACGCCGCCCACGCCGCAGCCCAGGCCAAUCAGCAAGCUCAGGCAGCCGCAGCAGCCAAUCAGCAGGCCAAGCAGCAGCAGCAUCAUGCGGGACAGACAGGGCAGCAGAGCCAGUCCCAGGGACAGAGCACGCAGGAACAGACAGGCCAAAGUGUCUCUGUCCCACCCCCGCCACCUCAGCUCACCCUCUCCCAGCCAAUCCAGCUCACCGCCCAGGACAUCCAGCAGCUGCUGCAGCUACAGCAACUAGUGCUGGUCCCCGGCCACCCCCUCCAGUCCCCCGCCCAGUUCCUCCUCCCGCAGGCGCAGCAGGGGCAGCAAGGACUACUAUCUACACCAAAUCUUAUUCCACUACCUCAGCAGAACCAAGGGGGCCUCCUGUCGGCUCCGACCAGGCUGGGUCUCCAAGCACAGAGAGAUAAGGGCGUGGAGGUCGGCGGUGGCGGGGGAGUGACCACUGUCUCCUCGGUGACCUCUCACCCCGAGGAGCCUAGCGACCUGGAAGAGCUGGAGCAGUUCGCGCGCACCUUUAAACAGAGGCGCAUCAAGCUCGGCUUCACACAGGGGGAUGUGGGCCUGGCCAUGGGGAAGCUGUAUGGUAAUGACUUCAGCCAGACCACCAUCUCCCGCUUCGAGGCCCUCAACCUGAGCUUCAAGAACAUGUGCAAGCUGAAGCCCCUGCUGGAGAAGUGGCUGAACGAUGCAGAGAUCAUGUCCAUAGACAGCACCCUGCCCAGCCCCAGCUCCUUGUCUUCUUCCUCUAUGGGCUUCGAGGGGUUGCCAGGCCGACGCAGGAAAAAGAGAACCAGCAUUGAGACCAACGUACGCGUGGCCCUGGAGCGCGCCUUCAUCACGCAGAACCAGAAGCCUACCUCAGAGGAGAUCCUGAUGAUUGCCGAGCAGCUCAACAUGGAGAAGGAGGUGAUCCGUGUCUGGUUCUGCAACCGCCGGCAGAAAGAGAAGCGCAUCAACCCCAACAGCUCCACCCCUCCCCUGCCCAGCCAGGCCCCCAGCGCCCCCCAGACGCACAAGCCCCCCUGCUACAACCCCCACAUGUUGUCCAGUCAGCUGUCCCAGGCUGUGACCAGCCUCAGCACAACCGUGACCACCAUGUCCUCCACCUGCCCCCUGACCUCCAGCCUCAGCUCCGCCCACCCCUGUCUCAGCUCCUCCCCCGUGACCCCUCCCCCCCGCAGCACAGCCAGCCCAGCCACUCCCAGCCACAGCACACUGAACCUCAACACAGGCUUGUGGCGUAUGGGUAAGAAGAACGGAGAUGUUUCGAGCUACAUCAGCGAUUUUGCUGCAAACUUGAGGAACACUGUGAUGGGAGUUAACACAGGGAUGAACCAAGCUCUCCUCGGCAACAACCCACUGGCCACUAUACAAGCCCUAGCAGCCAGUGGUGGCCAGCUGCCUCUUUCCAGUCUUGAGGGGGGCAGCAAGGUGCUGAUGGGGGGCACUGGGGGACAAGGAGGCUGCCUUCCCUCCUCCAUCUUCCUCAACCACCCUGCCCUCCUACACAUGGGCCAGAAUCCCGGCGCUGGAUUGGUCAGCAGCGCCGUAGCCAAAGCCUCCCAGUCCUCCCCUUUCCCGUCCGCCAGCAGCGUCAGCCCCACCCCCUGCUCCCCCUCCCCCUGCUCAAGCCCCGCCUCCUCCUGCUCCUCCAGCGAAUUGGCACACAGCCCACCUUCUCUGGGAGGAGCCAAGAUCGAGUGACAACGCCAAGGGCCAAUCAGAGAGGAGGAGGAGGAGGAGGAGGGAGGAAGGAGGAAGGAGACGAGGGCCUUUCAACCAAAGUUAUCUCUUUCUCUCUCUCUCAAACCCUUCUUCCAGUUCUUAGUGUUUGCGUUCACUCUCUCUCUCUCUCCCGGUCUUUCGAUGCCAAAAAUACACAGAAUGAAAGAGAGGAGAGAGGGAGGGAAAGAAGCGAAAGAGGGAGAAGGGGGGAGAAGGGGGAAGAUUGAAACCAAAAAUCUUUAUCUAUCCAAACUGAUGGAGAGGAGGCAGCGUGGGAGCGAUGUCGGUACUGCAGCUCCCCCUCUCUGGAAAAAGAAACCAAUGACUAAGAAACCGGAAGGGGCAGAGAGGGCGGAGUUGUGUGUCGACUCGUCAAAACCAAAAAUGACAAAAACCAAACUUUGACUCUAUCUUUAGGGAAUGGCGGCAAGAAACAGAAAAGGAGGACUGAUUUUUUGGGGAGCGCUUCGGGUGAAGUGAGAGGAGGAUUUGAAACCAAAAAUGUACCUGAGGAAGAGGAAAAAUGAACACACAAUGACAAAUAAAAAGAAUUACAACCGUACCAAAAUCCCAAAUACCAAAAACCAAAAACGGAGAGAAAAGCUUUAUCCAAAGGAUGUG